GCUAAUACUCAGCUAUCAAUGUCUGCAAAGGUUGCGCUCUACGUGUACGACCUCAGCAAUGGGCUCGCCAAGCAACUGUCUCGUCAGCUCACCGGAAGGCAAAUAGACGGCGUGUGGCAUACCUCUGUCGUUGUUUUUGGAAGAGAGAUCUUCUACGGCCAGGGAAUCUGCGAGACCCUCCCCGCCCAAUCUCACCAUGGUAAACCCUUACAGAUGGUGGAAAUGGGGGAGACGGCGAUAGACGAAGAUACCUUCGAUGAAUACUUGAAUGAGAUGCGACAGCAAUAUACAGCCGACAAGUACCACCUCCUAGAUUUCAAUUGUAAUUCGUUCACGAACGAUGUCAUCGGCUUCCUCACAGGUGGUUCUAUACCGUCAUGGAUCAAAGAUCUUCCCUCUGACUUCCUCUCAACGCCCUUUGGGGCUGCGUUGCGACCCACUAUCGACAACAUGUUCCGUCGUCCCGUUCCUGGCGCAGCUCCAACACCUGCGACGCUGCAGCCCUCACCCGCCGCUGCAUCUGCCGCCAUUUCUGCAUCCCCGAACCCCGCCCUUGCCGCAUCUCUGCUCCAGGCAAUGGCGUCACAAGCAAUGUCUCCUUCAGCGAUGCCAUCGCCGCAGGCUACGCAGGCCGCAAGCGCCUCCACAUCGACCGCGACCGUGUCCGCUCCUAUACAUAUCUGCACCAACUCUGCGUCGCUUGAUUCGCUAAUGCGGUCGCACAGAGCCGUUGCUGUGUUCUUCACGAGCGCGACGUGUGGGCCCUGCCGUAUGAUUGAGCCCAUAUUCGAGGAUCUGGCACAUGCGAAGACGCAUGGGAUGGGUAAUCAAGUGGGCUCUCAGUGGGGCGUCAGAGUGACGCCAACAUUCAUGUUCUUCUUAGACGGCAAGAAGGUCCAUGAAUUCAAGGGUGCCAAUGCAGCUGAGCUCCGCUCCCAGGUUGACCUGCUACUGUACCAAGCCUUCCCUCCUCACCCACAUACGAAACUUGCCCUCCCGGCUGUCGAAGCCCUCUCGACCAACCCUAUCCUCUUCCAGCAGGUCCCGGCCGUCGACAACGUCAUGGCCAAGCUGAGCUCUUUCAUAGACGCGUCCCUCUCCUCUCCAGAACCUGCCGCCGCAAAGGAGAAGCUUGCGCCCUCUUUUCCCGGCUACCUUCGAAUGCGCUUCCCCCCUCCCGGCUCCGGCGCGAAGGCUCCUCCAAACCUCAGUGCCAGCGCCCAGAUGACCCUCCGCUGGGCCGAGGCGACACGCACCCUCGCAAGCACCCUUCCACCGAUGCAGCUCUUCCCCCUCGUGGACCUCUGGCGCCUCGCGCUGCUCGACGAGCCCAUCAGCUCCUGGUGCUCCACCGCGCUGCCCCUCCUCAACCCCGUGCACAUAUUCACCGACAAGGCGAACGCAGCACUGUCCGACUCCCCCAAAGACGCGCGCAACUUCGUCCUCGUGGUGCUCCGCCUGCUCGCGAACACGUUCGCGAGCCCGGCGCUGGCGCGCGGCCUGCUCGCCCCCGCGGGCAAGCGCGCCGACCUGACGCGGGUGCUUGUGUCGAGCCUGCUGUACGCGGACACGGCCGUGCGCACGGCCGCGGCGAGCCUUGCGUUCAAUGUCGCCGCGUUCCUGCAAAAGUCGCGGGUGGACCAGCUCGUUGGUAAGGGCGUGUCGGGCGGUGGUGGGGCUGAAGAAGACGGGGACUGGGAGGUCGAGCUCGUGAGCGCCGUGCUCGAGGCAUUCUCGAACGAGAUGCAGAGCGAGGAAGUUGUUCACCGGCUCACGGCUGCUCUGGCCUUCCUUCUACGCCUGUCGCCCGUCUACGAGACGCAGCUCACACCAUUCCUGGAGGUUCUCCAAGCGCGGGAGACGCUGAAGGCCAAGUUGACCAAAAGUGGCUUUGGGGAGGGGGGAGUACAGAAGAAGGAAGUUAGAGGCCUGAUUGAGCAAGUAGCGGACAAACUUUGCCCAUAGGGAAGACAAUCCACUGAGUCUCAUCCGUAGCCAGAUUGCGCUUGUAUACGCACACGGCAGCGCUGUAACAGGACAGGAUACAUUGGGGUGCGUAUAAGUUUAAAUGGAUAUCGGCGAUUCUUGGCGAAGAA